GCAUUUCUCCCCCCAAAAUUAACAUUCUCCUGUGUUCUUUGCACAGCAUUCAAGUGGAUCGACGCUCAUACCUACCGCAAUCUUCAGUGGCAUUCAAUCAUCAAACAUUCGCUUUUGCAUAUGCAAGUCGCAAUCCCCGAACUUUUGUCGUCAAUUCAGCAUAAGCUUGUUCAUUGGAUCUCAAAUUGAGUACAAAAAGACGACAAAAGAUUUUCUCUUAUUACGAUCACGAUCAAAAAGGAACGACUGAAGUGUUGAACAUUGCAAGUCAUUGACAAAAUCACCAAAACAACACUUUCAAACAUAUACACAAGCAAGUAGAAGAAAUCAUUUCUUUUGCAUCAAAGGCGUAGCAGGCUGGAAAAGCCUUUCUACGCUUAUCAUCUCCGUAUCUUUUCGCCAAGAUGCGUGAGUCAAAUUUCAGCAAUCCGUUGCAAAACAAGGCCAGUGUUUGCAUCUCAGCUGCCAUUUAUGACCGAAGAGCGCUGGAUUGUUCGGCAACUUUGCCGCUGAUCAAUUCUCUCAAUCAUUUGGCCUACCUGACAUCAACAUCGCCACGAAUUCGUGAGAUGGUAUGUUUAGAUGGUGGAUUAGAGCGAUUGAUACGAAUCUUGCGCCAGGUUCCUAGAUCUCCCAGUCAGCCACCAAUGCGAGGCGUGAUUACGAAAGAGAUGCAAGCAGUCUGGAAAUGGAGUUUAGCUUUUCAAUGUGUCGUCAAUAUCGGCGUACGUGGAAGUGAAAGUGUGAGAACAAGAGUAGUGGAAGCUGGAAUGGUGCCCGUCGCUGUUCGUGUAUUGGAAAGCUACCUUCGUAUCGCAGAAGCAAUUCGUGACGAGAGGAAACGAGAAGCAAGAAGAGAAGAGGCUAAGCAGAGACUCGAACGUGCUGCUGAAUCGGCUUUAUUGGCGAUUGAUGUCGCAACUCCAACCGCGAGUACAACACGAAGAGCAUUGUUAGAAGCCUCAACAAGAACGCCACAGGUGAAUGCUCGCGUAUUGGAUGAGAGCAAUGGCACUCAAAAUGCGAACCUGGUCACCACAGAAAGUACGGACGAGACUAGACCAACAACACCAGCAGAAGCAAUGAUGGGAGAAUUCAUGAUCUCAAAUAGCAGCAGCUCUUCUUCACUGCAUCCACAGGAAUCUGACCUACCCAACGGUAGUGCAACAGCAGCAGCGGCAGUUACUGCAGAUGACGUAUCUGUCGCAGAUCUAGCUACCAUUGAUGCUAUGGCAGUCGAGAAUUCGGCUUUAUCGCCUUCUUCUUCUACUUCUAGUGUCCGUGUUGACGGCCGUCGUUUGGAGGCUGACAGAUCAACAGAAAAUGCCAAUGGCGCUUCUACUUCCUUAGCAGGAACAUCUAGACAAGGACCCUUUCCCUCGGGAACUCUGACAAAUGUUAGCUCUGUGGAAGAUUUUACUGCAAGCGGUAGUGGAAGUGACGGUGCAGAAGAUGGCGACAUGGAAGGAGGUGAUGAUAGUGAUCCAGGAAAUGUACCGAUGCAGCGCGACCAACAAAGUAUUGGGGAACAACAGAUGGAAGAUCUGGAAGAUCGUACAACUCCUAGACCGCCGAGAAGGUCACUUGCACCAAUGCGUGACGCAGAUGCUCGCUAUCAGACACCUGCACAACCUAAUAUUCACAGAGACACCAUCACGGCUCACACCGGACGGCAACAUUCCCGUCCACGUCCGACUGCGAAUGAUCAGCAUAACCAUGUGCAUGCGACUCCAAUUGCAGCUACGACACAACGUGGAAUCGAUCUGACACAGACACCACGUAAUACUGCAACAAUGACGACGGUUCCGCAUCACGGUACUCAUGCAGAGCGCGGAGCCAACCAAGCGACAUCACGCAAUGCGAUGACAGCAAGCGAGCGUGACAAUAGCCAACCACAUACUUCUGACAUGAUCUAUCGUGAAGAAGAGGUACUUUUGAGCCUGCAAUUAUUGGCAUACCUCUCAAAGUAUGCCCACGUACGUACCCUUUUCCAUCGCGAUCUCGGUACCCUGAAUGUCUUGGAUCCUCUCGAAGCCUUUGACGUUCAUAGCCGUACCGAUGGUAACUUUACCACAAGUUGGAGCCCAAAUGACCCGCCAAAGAAGAAUGUCUUUUGUGUCGCUGAACGAUAUACGUUACGAUCAUCAAGGACAGGCUUGUCACAUUUUGCAUCUAUGGGCGAAUCGAGAAUUGCUCCAGAGAUCCAAUAUUGGGCUGGCGUAAUUAUGAGAAAUGCAUGUCGCAAAGACGAAAAGCAAGGUGGAAUACGACAAUGUGCAAACAUGCUGUGCGGAAAAUGGGAGAAGCAACCCCGUGAAUUUGCUAAAUGUCGUCGCUGCCGUAAGGCAAAGUAUUGCAGCAAGCAAUGUCAAAGCAAAGGAUGGCAAAUGGGACAUCGCUUCUGGUGCAGUGCACGCUCCGAUGAUGAGCAUGGAGAGGGAAGCAAAGAUCGAGCAAAAGAACGCUCAACAAGUACGACAGCCAAUGCUGUACCUGCAGGUGAUGCAAAUCAACCAGGACACACUUUAAUGGAAAACGAUACCCAGCCGCCACCAACGGACGGCACGAUUCUCGGACAUCAUCAUCAUCAUCAUCACCACCACCAUCACCAUCAUAUUCCUCGUCGUCAACCUCAUGGUCAAGUCGGAGAAGAGGACGAGCAUGUCAAUCGUACAGCCGUUGCACCACAUCCCAUUGUUCGUGCUGCUUCGAUGGGUGAAGCUGAGAGUGUUAUGAGAGAUAACAUGACAACUCAAAUGGAAGAUGAAGAUCGAACUGCUACCGAUAUGGCGCCUCUUCACGUACCGCGUAGAGGUGCAGGUUUGCCAUCUUCAUCUUCGUCUUCAAGCUCUAAUCCCAACCUUGGAAGGCGUGCGGUAUCUGCUAUCCCUCAACAUCUCCAACCACCAUCUGCCUCACAUGCAAGCGGAAGCGAAAGCAAUUCGCUACGAUCACGCACAGUCUCGGCAGCCAGUAGCAGUGCAGAUGUCUCUGACAUGAGCGAAGACGAAAUGGACCGUGCUUCUCGUCGUGUCCUUGCGUCUACAGUUGCGCCAGUAUUACGUAGUCCUGCCAGUGUUUUGACUUCUUUGGCAAACGUUCAUACAGCUUCAACCGAUGAAGACAGUGUUGAUAGACAAGAAACCGUUGGUGGAUUACGUGUUAGCCCGGCUGCAGCAGAUAUGCAAGCAGAAGGAAAUACAGCAGUACCAACAAGGACCGAUUUGGCAGGAAGACCUCUUCCUCCACCGGUCAUUGCCCAACACGAUGGAAGAACAAGUCUUGAUAUCGAUAUCGCACCUGAUAAUGAUCUUUUGGCGAUCGGAGGCAGAUUGACGCCAACUGCGGUCGAUGAGACGGAAGCAGGUGUGUUUGGACGUGGAGAUUUUGAUCAAAUGAUUUGGCGUGGUAGAACACCAUCGAUGGAAGAUCAGCGUAUUAGAUCACACCGUUUUGCACCUUCUACUGGCACUUCACAAAACCCAUCAGCAUCUACAUCUCAAGAAAAUUUGGAUGAACACGUUCAUGCUACCCGCUCAACAAAUCAGGAAACUUCAAUGUUAAAUUCUGCAUUAUUCUUGGCUGGUCAGGGUGAAGAUGCAAAUCCUAGAUUCCCUUCGAGUAAUCUUCACGCUCCCGUUGCCCGUCAAGGAAACAGAUUUGCAAGUGUGAAUGCCACACCGGCAAGCGCAAGUGGUAGUAGUGGAAGCGUGAAUGCGGGUGCAGGAUAUUCUACCGUUGGACCGUCCUCACACGCAGCUCGUCCACUCGGUGAUCAUUGGCGACCACAUGUAAGUCAACAAAGCUUUAUCGGAAGUGCGCCUGCUACUGCAGCCAUCUCUUUUGCAGCUUUACAAAGACGUGAGAAUCGAGAGGCGCCAAAUCGAUUAGGAGGUAGAAAUGAGCAUCCUUUCGUUGUUCCAAGCGAUUUACAAGAUCUUUUGGAUACGGCUGAAAGACGAUCAUCUUCGACAAAUCAAGUAGACACACAACAUCAAAAUAUGGAUAUCGAUUGAUAUUUGGAAUCUUGAUCAUAUAUAUUUUUAACAUCAAUUUUGUACUAUUGCCAAUACCUUGUGUGCAUACGAAUAUCAAAAAGAAAAGGAGAGAAAGACGAGAAGUUGUUGUUUAUGUCUUGUCAUCUCAUGCGUACAUAUACCUAUUUCCAUAUAUAAGAAUAUACAUUUGAUUGUUUCAUUGUUUGGCCGCUGUCGUAAAGAUGGCUUGUAUUAUAUGAGAUUGAAAGUAGAUUGCGAAUUGAAUUCUUUGGUGAAAU